UCAAACAAUGCAUUCAUUUGUUGCGCAAAACUAUUGCUUUAUUUGGACGUAAUUUACGACAAAUUACGCCAUAUUUUGCAAUCAUUUGCCAACUCUUCACACCAUUUGAUCCCAACAUUUGAAUUAUCUGUUAAACAAGUGAUGGAAAGCGAGACAACUGUCAACGAUGUGGUGGACAUCGCUUCGGAGGAAUUGGAGGCGGCCUUCAGCCAGUGGUCCAUCAGUGAAGACGUGGCGAAAGCCGAAGACGUUGUGGACAAGCGUGUGAUACCCGGAGGAAGAAACGUAUUGAUCACUUCGGCUCUUCCGUAUGUCAAUAAUGUGCCGCAUUUGGGAAACAUUAUCGGAUCCAUACUCAGCGCCGACGUCUUCGCCCGGUAUUCACGACUGAAAGGCGUGAACACACUGUACGCCACGGGAACCGAUGAAUACGGAACGGCCACAGAGAAUAAAGCUCUCGAGGAAGGGGUCACACCCAAAGAAAUCUGUGAUAAGUAUUACAAAAUACAUAAAGAUAUCUACGAUUGGUUUGACAUUUCGUACGACUAUUUCGGCCGCACGACGACUGAAGAGCAGACAGCGAUCGCUCAGCAGAUCUUCUGGAGACUCCAUGAGAACCAAUACCUUCUGGAAGAAGUGACACAACAACUGCAUUGUCCGAAAUGUGACCGCUUUCUGACAGCGAUCGCUCAGCAGAUCUUCUGGAGACUCCAUGAGAACCAAUACCUUCUGGAAGAAGUGACACAACAACUGCAUUGUCCGAAAUGUGACCGCUUUCUGGCGGACCGGUUCGUUGAGGGCAACUGUCCCUUCUGUGACUACUGUGAGGCGCGCGGAGACCAGUGCGACAAAUGCGGGAAAUUGAUUAAUGCCAUUGAACUCAAAGAACCCAAAUGUAAACUCUGUUCGACAACACCGCAGAUCCGGUCGUCGAAGCAUUUGUUUCUCGAUUUGCCGAAACUUCAGCCGAAGAUCGAGGAGUGGUUUAAAGAGACGACUCAAUCAAAGGAGAACUAUUGGUCGCAAACGGCAAAAGUGAUCGCCAGCUCAUGGCUUAGGGAUGGACUCAAACCGCGUUGUAUUACACGCGACCUGAAGUGGGGAACACCUGUGCCUUUGGAGGGCUUCACCGAUAAGGUAUUCUACGUCUGGUACGACGCGCCCAUUGGCUAUCCAUCGAUUACAGCCCAUCAUAACAAGCAUUGGGAGGAGUGGUGGAAGAAUCCCGAAGACGUGACACUUUACCAGUUUAUAGGCAAAGAUAACGUUCCCUUUCACGGCAUUAUAUUCCCCGCCUCUGAGAUCGGCACUCACGACAAGUGGACAAUUGUUAACCACUUAUCGGCCGUCGAGUAUCUAAACUAUGAAGACUCGAAGUUCUCGAAGAGUAGAGGCGUUGGUGUAUUCGGUGACAACGCGAGGGACACCGGAAUACCGUCCGACAUCUGGCGCUUCUAUUUGCUGUAUAUUAGACCCGAAUCACAGGACACGACAUUCAGUUGGACUGAUUUGAUGAACAAAAACAACUCAGAAUUGUUGAACAAUUUGGGAAACUUUAUCAAUAGAGCGCUUGUCUUUAUUAACAAUAACUUCGAUUCAACGAUUCCUGAAAUGACAUUCCAGUCGUCGGAUAAGACACUGUUGGCCAGAAUUAACCGAGAAUUAGUGCAUUACUUUGAUUUGAUGGACAAAAUCAAACUCAGAGAUGGUAUUCGACACAUACUAAACAUUAGUAGAAUUGGUAAUCAAUACAUUCAGGCAGCGAAACCCUGGGAACUCAUCAAAAAGGGACCCCAAGAGAAAGCUCGUGCGGCCACUAUAAUGGGUUUGGCAGCAAAUGUAUCGGCUCUCCUAUCAGUGCUGAUCACACCUUAUAUGCCCAACACUUCGGCUGUCAUUCAAAACCAAUUGAAUGUCAAAAUUAAUUUAUUACCGAAAGAUAAUAGAUUCCACUGUAUUCUAAAGUCCGGGCAUAAAAUAUCUAAGGCUGAGCCUCUGUUCAAGAAGUUGGAGGCGAAGGAAAUCGAGUCAUUGAAAGAGCGUUUCAAAGGCAAACAGGAGAAGACGGACACCAACGGUACCCCCGAAGCCGAUCCCUUUGAAGGUCUGACCAGUGAUGAGCUGAACGCGUGUCUCACAACACAAGCCGAUAAAGUGAGACAAUUGAAGAGUCAAAAGGAACCGAAACCAGUGAUCGAGAAAGAAGUGAAAAUUCUGUUGGAUCUGAAGAAACGGUUGAGUUUACUCUCUGGGAAUAUACCGCAGAAUAAUCUAACAAAUAAAAAUAACCCUUUCGAAGAGUUUUGA